AUGAUUCUACUCUUCAAUUCUCGUCUUUAUUGUCAUUUUAUUUUAGGUACACUUCGUUUUUGGCAUUUACCCGAUUGUAUACAACUUGAUUUAUUCGAAACAAAAACAUUUAUAUCAUCUACUAAACAUUUAUUCUAUGGUUUAUCAUCGGAUUCUGAAAACAAUGAAUUACCAUUAGAUUCGUCAUCAAUUAAUUAUUCAAUAUGGAAAAUAGAUGUUGCUUCAUGUCGUUUAAUAAAUUCCAAUAUAACAAAUGUUUUUAUUGCCUUAUCAAUGUAUGCAUAUCGAGCACAUUCAAUAUAUUUAACAACUUUAGCAAAUCUUGAAAAAUCAACAAAUGAACAAUGUCAAUUAACAUUUCAUUCAAAAUAUGGUACAAUUAUAGAUUAUUGUUUUUCAUCAAAAGAAUCUAUCUCAACAUCCCAAUGUGAUUUAUAUAUAUUAUUUGAUAGUAAUAUUUUACUUAAAAUAAAUAUUAUUUCAUUAUUUUCAUAUGAUAAAAAUGAAAUAUUAGAAAAUGAUACAACAAUAAGUACAAUAAUAAAUACAAAAGAAUUUAAUUUCAUGAAUAAUAUAACUUCAAAUGAAAUAAUAUUUAAACAAUUAUUUAAAAUGCGUGGUAAACCUGGUGAUAGUUCAUAUUAUAAACGUAAAAAUGAACGUAUUGAACAACAAGAAGAAAAACGAAGAAAAAAACAAGUAUCAAAACAAUUUCAAGAAAAAGUAGCAAUUAAUGAAAAUGUUUAA